AGCCAAAUAAAAUCUGGAUUAAAGGCGAAUUAAGCAAACUGUCGUCGGGCAGGGAAUCAACGAGUGGAAAUGGCCAGUGCUGCUACUGCUCAUCCAUUCCCUACUAGCUUCCGGCUUUCUCCUCGCACCACUGCACACUUGGCUUAUUUCCUAUCAUCACUACAACUUCAGGCUAAAAGGAGCUAUUUCAAUCAGCUCAAGGCUUGUCCUUUAUCGCCUUUCUCAAUUAAGUGUUCAUCCUCGAGUCACGGAUCUACCGUUGAUGAUAACUUUUUCCAACAAAACAAAGAAUUAGAUAGCCAAGAGAGCAAAGGGUUUUGGAAGAAAUGGAAGGAGAACUCAGCGGAAAUGAGUGCGAAGCUAGCAAAGCUGGGGCUUGCGGCAGUUCUCGCUUAUGGUAUUAUUGAUGGUGUCACAUAUACUAGUUUCUUCGUACUUGCAUUCUUGGGCUAUGAGAAGACUACUGGGAAUAAUCCUGCUGCAAAUCUCCAAGCUUUAUUGGGGAUUAUAAUAGCAAUGUGGACGGGAAAUAAUGUGACAAGGCCGUUUAGGGUUGGAGGAGCAGCUGCUCUGGCACCUGUCAUUGACAAGGGACUAAAGAGAAUACAAAAAUACUUGAACUUUCCAAGUCUGGUAUAUGCUUUUGCUUUAGUGGUGACUAUAGUUGCCGGGACAUGUUUCACCAUUAUUGGUUUACUCAUCCUUUCAAGAUGGGGAAAGUGAAAGAUUGUACCCAUAAUUUAUCUGGAAAUUCGUUGUAAUCUGUCUAGUGUUACUUGUAUCAUUGAGAUAGUCCUCUGACUAUAUAAUUUUUCCAUUUAUAUGGUCUCGUGAUAGUAGUUGGAAAUGUAUGUUUAGUUAUUAAACAAAUUUCUAAAGCUAAGAGAUACUUAAAUGAAUGACAAGUUGAUGCAA